CGGAUUCUUUCGUGGAUUUCCAUUCGUGUGGAAUGCAAAGCAACCCGGGUGUUCGUUAGUUCGUUGCCGCACUUGUCAGAGAAAAGAAGAACGUUCACAUUUUUUGAUUAGCACAACAUGCCUCCCAAGGAAAAGAAGGCCAAGAAAGCCAAAAAGGCAGUUCCGGACAUCCAACCGGUGGAUGGACUGAGUGCAGUGGACCGUCAGUUCUUCGAGAUAACCAUUAAUGAUUUGAACCAAAAGUUGGCUCGUUUGCGAACUCACAAUGUCAAAAUUGAGGAGCGAAACGAAGAACUGGAGAGUAAGCUGAAGCAAAUCGAAGAAGAUCGGGCAGAUGUGACAACUUUUUUGGAUCGAACGCUUCAGGAAAAACUGGCCGUUAUCAUCGAAUUGGAAGAUAAACUGAGCGAGUUAUCCAAAGUUCGGGAUCAAGAGAAUGAAGAGUGCCAGAAGAAGAUUGUUAGUUUGGACGCAAAAUAUAAGGCAAUGCAUGAACAAUUGACCUCCGAAAUAAAGCUUCUAACUGGCAAACUGAAUUCCAUGGAAGAGUUCCGUAUGCAGCGUGAUGAAUUGAUGGCUAAAUUUGAUGCCCAAGACACAGAAUUGAAAGAGCAAAAUAAGAGGCACAAGACAACUCUGUAUGAAAUGGAACGCAAGGUUAUAUUAGACAAAGAUCGCUUGCGUAAAGAUGUCGAGAAUAAACUUCUUCAGCUCUCUACGGAGUUCACCAAAUCAUCUGAGAUUCGAGUUGCCGCUCAUACUCAGAGACUAGUUCGCGAGAACAUAGCCUUAAAUAACGAAAUGGACCGGAUGAUAUUUACUCAGGAACGAUUGGAGAAACAAUAUGCUGACUUGAAAGCUCAAAAUGGCGAACUUCGUAAUCAAGCAGAAAUUGAUCUGGUGGAGAAACAACGUCUGAUGCAGACCUGUCAGGAAAGAUUGGACCUAAUCAAACAGCUUGCCGAUCAGUACGAACAACAGUUGCAUAAGAAUGCCCAGCUUCACGCGUACAAGGAGAAAGCCGACGAAUUCGAGACGGAAACACAAUCUACGAAGAAGGAAUAUAACCAUCUGCGUCAGAAGGUGCGAAUCCUUGAACAGUAUAUCCACUUCAUCAACACAGAUCGUCAAUCGCUGCGCAACGAAUCGGAUCACAAUAGAAAGGAGUUCGACCGCAUUUCGGAAAUUUUGAAGACGGUUCGCUUCACGGUUCGUUCAGCUUUCAAAGAGGACGAACUGGAAGAUGAUCUUCCAUAUCAGGAAAUCAAACGCAAGCGCUUGAUAGCAGAUCUUCUGAACACGUUGACAGAACUGGAGUUGAAACCUUUGGUGACAGUUUCCGUCGUGACGAUUCCAGAAGGUGCGGAAGGUUACGAACAGGGUGAUCUUGGCGUCAUACCACGGGAAACAAUGGACACGAUAAUUGCGAAAACACAGGUUUCCUAUCUGCCAGACUCACCUUUGAUAAGCUCGGAUGCCACCUCAAUGGCAUCGUGCAUGGAUCAGGAAAGCGUCAGCCUGCAUAUUGGUUCCGGAAGUGACGUGAUCCUGGAUGUGGUCAGUGGUUCACAGUUGGUGUUCAAGGGAUCGGAAGAGACAUUCGAGGAGGCCGGGGAAGAGGAAGCGGAAGAAGAAGCUGAAGAGGAACCGAAGGUGAGCGAGGAAAAGAUCAAACGAGAAGGUAAAGAGGCGGAAGAUGAACAGCGCUCGGCUGGGGAGGAAGGAAGUGGGCAUGCAUCGGAAGCUCGAUCGAUGGAGUCCGAGAAGGAUCGUCCGGAGGAUAUCAUCAUUGACGCUCCGGACGUGAUUGAGGAUGAGCCGAUUGAAUUCGGAACCACAAAGAGUGAUUCCGAUUAGAUGUGUGAUGUGUUUGAUUGAUUGCUGUGUGGGAUAAUAAAUUAUUGGUGCAUCUAAAGUUGAGUGUUUAAAUUUCGUUCCGAUUUCUUAAAAAGUGAGACUAGGUGGAACCAUUGCUCUUCGGUUCUCUGGCUCUCCAGCUUCUAUGUGUGAUUCGGUGGAGCCCCAGUUACCAGGAGAAGCGUGGAGACGGCCACGUCGUUUGGGGCACGAUUUGCCUGCUCAGCG